UCUGUCCUUCGACAACCAAGCUCGAACGCUGGCCCUUCAUGCAUUCAUGACUGAGUGGUAUGGGCACCAGUGAACUCUCGGAUGCCCUCAAUCCAUCUUACGCUGUUCCAUAUCGAAAUCGUCCACCGCAGAAUCCAUAUCCAGAGCCGUAUCAACCUGUUGUCCAACCGCCUCAGCAAUCUGCUCCUCAUAGAAGCGAAUUAGAGCUCGCAAUCUCAGAACCUCAGCCUCCGCCGCCCACGAGGCAAACCCAACCCUCCGCAGGGAGUGUUCAAGCAGUUCAUGAAUUACUUCGGAUCGUGUCUGCAACUAGCCAGGCACAAGAAAUAGAACGUAAGAGACGAAUAGCCUGGGAGCAGGAGCAGGAAGCGAAAUAUGCGCAUCGACAAGCAGAGAUGGAGCGUCAAUUGUUUGAGCUGCGACAGGAACUCGUCACUCUUCGUUCGACAGUGUCCGCAAAUACUCAACGGACCUCCGGCGCAUCUCCGUCACUUUCAUUAGCUCGUAACGCGCCGUUUUCGCAGCAAUUACAGUCCGCUUCUCCCAUUUCGCCUGCUCCACAACCACCUAGCCACGCGUUCAUUCAAGGCUCUUCGAGUCAGCCAAACAUAAAUUACCCUCAACAAUACGCAGUUGCUCCGGACCAGCAACAACAGAAUCUACCAUCUGAUGAGCCUGCAAUGAGCGCUAUGACACCAUCUCCUUCUCCACAGCCCGUAGUGCUCACGCAACGAUCGCCGAAUACAGUAUCGAAAUCGCGUAAAAAACGACGAGCAUCAUCUAACAGUAGCGAAGAAUCAGAUUCUGGUAGUAGCACCUCGGACAGUUCUGUAUUGGCGCGUGAGCGGAAGAAACAACGUCGAAAUCAUCACGAUAAACGUUGUAUCACCAUCCAUCAUGCAAUGAGAACGCAUAUACUGCUGCUCAUGGAUGUACCAAAUGCGAAUAGUCUUCCCGAUAGCCACAUCGAAGGGCAAUCACUCAAGGACACCGACCCUGUGCGUUUUGUUUGGGACAAGACGGCUAAACAGUCUGUGCACAACGCACGUAUGAAAGCUCGUGUUAUAGCAAGCAUCAAAGAGAAACGUCGACGGUACAAAGAUGUCCCCGAUGGAGAGUUCAGCAAGAAGAGUCUGGACUCCGCGUUUGAUCAAUGCUUCACUACUUUUCGGCAGAAGUUCAAGGCGCAGAGGGAUGAUAGAGAGGCUGAACAUUCCAGGGCUCGGGAAGAUCGGAAAGCACAGAAGUCCAGGCAUGUAUCUCGCAGGAAAACCAAACUCACGAAUCGGGCCGACGCACGGCUUCGUAUUGAGGCUUUUGAGCACAUUGCGUUCGAUGGCGCAUUUCAACUCGAGUGCAUGUCUUCUGAUGAUUCUGACUCGGAAGACGAGGGCUUGCUCUCUUCUCGGGGGUAUCCCUGGCGCAGUAAACGUUUGAUUAGGUUCUACGAGAUACUGGACAGGGAAGACAUUGGGGACAAGGCGUCCAAGCCCAAGAGGGGUGUUGGAAAGAAGGAUCGGGUUGUCGGUCCCUUGAAGGAAGGCUUUCAUCUCCCUCCCAAAGGUGUAGCCAGCUGGAUGAUCAGCCGACGGUGGAUGGAAGAAGCUCAAUUGACGAGAUCUGACCUACCGCGUUUGCUUGAAUCGAUCGUCAAGGACCAGCCUGAUUUUGAUUCCACGGUCCAAAAAUGUACUGUUCUGGACGACGAUAGCGACAACGAAUACUUUCAGCUUACGAAUCAUAAUACAGCUUCGAACUUGCAACCGUUACCUAUACGUUACAAUAUCGCCAAUAACUCUUCUCUGCAAUACGCUCUUUCUUGAUAAUUUAUACGUAUGAUUGUAGCCAGUUUGGUGAACACUGUACAUGAUUUCCCUCGUUUAUGUCUAUUGAACACCAUGUCAUUUAACACCCAUUUGACGAAACACAUCUCUUCAUUUUCUGUACAGUAUGUGAAACUUCACUAAGUACUGCUGCAGCAAAUACUAGCCUAAGUAUCAUUGUCGUUGUUCAAUUUAACGCCAGACAGAAAUCAUUAC